GACUAGUCAAGAUGAAGAUGCCCUCGUUAGGUUGGGCCUAUAUGAGGAGACACCUCCUCGGGAACUCAUCGAAACACUAAUGAACAUAUACUUCGCCAGAAUCCAUCAGGUAACACCCCUGCUACAUCGCCAGAGAUUCAUGGCACCCCUCUUCCUGCCGGACCAUAUGAAGCCUCCAAUGUGUCUUCAAUACAUCGUCAUGGCCUCUGCCGCUGAGACAUCCGACGCCUACCGCCACCUGGGCAUGAUAUUCUACAAGCGUGCCAUAAAAUAUCUUCAAAGUGACGAUUUAGGUGACCUCAGUGAAAGCUCAAUAUCUCUAGGACAUGUACAAGCUCGGGCUCUAAUAUCGUGCUUCGAAGCCGAGCACUCUAUGUUUUCAAAGGCUUCUAUAACACUUUGUUCUGCCAUUAGAGCUGCACAGAUGCUAAACCUGCAUCAAGUUGACAUAACCAGACCGGAUAGGGGCCAACAUGUUGACUGGAUAGAAGUUGAAGAACGACGUCGCACAUGGUGGACCAUAUUCUGCUAUGAUCGGUUUACUUGUGCUACGACUGGAUGGCCGGCGCUUAUAUAUGACCAGAAUAUCGGAACUCGACUUCCAGCCUCAGAGGAAGCUUAUACGAACGGUCAGGAAGAGCACACGCGCUUCCUAGGAGACCAAUUACUCGAGUCUGAACCACACUCUACAUUUGCGGGAGCAGUGCUUGCAGCACACAUCUUCCACCGCACUAUAGAACAUACUGGAACGAAUAACAGCCAGGAUCAAGAGUCUCAGGACUUCAAAGGAGACCUGUACUGGCAGAGACAUAAAAGCAUUGACAAUGAUCUCAAGUUCAUGUUAUUGAUGCUGCCAAAGAAUCUGUGUCUUCCUGCCAACUACAGGACUCACAACGCCAUUUUUGUCAACGUCAUGUUACAAACGGCCACUAUCUGCCUUCAUCGAGCAGCUUUGUGGAGGAUGAAGUCGAAUUUACAGGGGCUACCGAGUUACCUGAUCCGACUAUCUCAAGAUCGGUUGCUUCCAGCAGCGGAAGAGAUACUCACCAUUUUUAGAAUGAUACCCGAUCUUGGUGCGACUUUUACUAACCCCCUUAUUUGUUUUGCUGCAUAUAUGGCUGCUCUAGUAUUUAUGGCAAGCACAUCUCCGACAGACCCUGAUGGAGAACAUGGGCAGAAUCUAGACUUCAUACUCAAGAUCUUGGUUGCUUUUGGUAAUACAAAUCUCGUUGCUAAUGCCUUGGCGAAUGAAAUUGUCAAGGAAAUGAAGCAAUGCGGUAUCACAUCUCGUUCCAUGAACAAGGUUGGAUACCAAGGCUCUUUUCUGGCUAUACCGACACUUACAAUACAUCCUAGGUCAAAUUACAAGAGACGCCACUAG